AAUCAAAGAUGCCUUCUUGGAUCGCUUCUCUUUCCUGUUCUCCCUCCUCCCUCCUGCCCGACGACGUCUCAGGGAUUCCAUUCUUCCUCUCUCCAUGCCCUCWAAGAGCACUCCUCUCCGCCAUUGAUCUCCUCUUCUUGCUCAUCCUCUUCUUCUUUGCCAUGCAAAAGCUCUAUUCAAAACUCAUCUCCCCCGCUGAACCUGAUCAACCUCUUCUUACCAAAACCACACCUCAUGCACUCACCAAUCUUCGGUUUAACUUAUCUCUGCUCUUCACACCCAUUUUAGCUCUUUUAUCCUCUCUACUCUCCAUUUUGGCCUUCACACACAAUACCCACAUGCCAUGGAAGCUAAUAGAUGCAACCUGUUGGUUCAUUCAAGCUCUCACUUUUCUUGUCAUCACCCUCUUCAUCAUCCAUGAGAAAAGAUUUCAAGCUCUUACUCAUCCCCUCUUUCUUCGUGUUUUCUGGACUCUAAAUUUCAUCCUCAUUGCUCUGUUUGCCUCUUCAGCCACUCUCCGCCUGCUUUCCGGAAAAGGAAACACCCCUGAAAACAUCAUUUCAUUGAUAUCUCUACCAUUUUCACUUUUCCUUUUCAUCGUAUCCAUCACCGGCUCUACCGGAAUCACAGUGGCAACAGCAUCUGAAUCAGUAAACRGUAAUGGUGAAGGAUCAGAGGAGGAUGAUGAUGACUCCACCAAGUCGUCGAAAGUGAGUGGAUGGGCAUCGGCUUCCAUCGCAUCCAAAGUCUUUUGGCUGUGGAUGAACCCGUUGUUGACGAAAGGGUACACAACCCCUUUAAAAAUCGACGACGUCCCAACUCUAUCACCCGAUCAUCGGGCAGAGAAAAUGUCCAAGCUUUUUGAACAGAAAUGGCCUAAGCCAGGUGAAAACUCSAAGAAUCCUGUUCGAACCACGUUGCUUCGUUGUUUCUGGAGACAUAUCGCCUUCACCGCAUUCCUUGCAAUUGUAAGGCUUUGUGUUAUGUAUGUCGGGCCUUUGUUGAUUCAAAGAUUCGUYGAUUUCACUUCAGGGAAGACUACCGAUCCCUACGAGGGAUAUUACUUGAUACUAAUCCUUCUCGUUGCGAAAUUCAUUGAAGUUUUGGCAUCCCACCAGUUCAAUUUUCAUUCUCAGAAGCUUGGAAUGUUGAUAAGAUCCACAUUGAUAACAUCCCUAUACAAAAAGGGAUUACGACUCUCGUGCUCGGCUCGACAAUCUCAUGGAGUUGGACAGAUUGUGAACUACAUGGCUGUAGAUGCUCAGCAGCUCUCUGAUAUGAUGCUUCAGUUGCAUGCUAUUUGGCUUAUGCCACUACAAGUCUUGGUGGCGUUAGCGAUCCUUUACUCAUACCUCGGGAUGCCAACCGUGGUGGCGUUGAUCGGGCUCUUGGUGGUUUUAUUGUAUGUGAUCUUUGGUACUAAAAGGAACAACAGGUUUCAAUUCAGUAUAAUGCAAAACCGUGAUUUGAGAAUGAAAGCUACAAACGAGAUGCUUAAUUACAUGAGGGUGAUCAAGUUCCAAGCUUGGGAAGAACAUUUCAACAAGAGGAUUCAGACAUUUCGUGAGUCUGAAUACGGGUGGCUUGCUAAAUUCAUGAUCUCUAUUGGUGGAAAUAUGAUCGUUUUAUGGAGUACCCCUUUGUUCAUCUCGUCACUCACCUUUGGGAGUGCCAUUUUGCUUGGGAUCCCUUUGGAUGCAGGGACAGUGUUCACUGCCACAUCGCUGUUCAAGAACUUGCAGGAGCCAAUUCGGACGUUUCCUCAGUCAAUGAUCUCUCUAUCUCAGGCCAUGAUCUCAUUGGGGAGAUUGGAUGGGUUCAUGUUGAGUAAGGAGUUGGAUGAGGGAGCGGUUGAGAGGCAGGAGGAUUGCAGCGGCAGCACGGCGAUUGAGGUGACAGAUGGGUCCUUCAGCUGGGACGAUGAAGCUGCUGAAGGUGGUGUGGUUAACCRCUUGAACUUUAAGGUCAAGAAAGGUGAACUUGCAGCAAUUGUUGGGACCGUGGGUUCAGGGAAAUCAUCUCUUCUUUCAUCUAUUAUUGGUGAAAUGCACAAAAUCUCCGGGAAGGUGAGGGUGUGCGGAAGCACUGCGUAUGUUGCACAAACGGCAUGGAUUCAAAAUGGGACAAUCCAAGACAACAUUUUGUUUGGUUUAGCAAUGGAUGGACAGAAGUACAAACAAGUAAUCAAGAACUGUUGCUUGGAGAAAGACUUGGAAAUGAUGGAAKUCGGAGAUCAAACUGAGAUCGGUGAGCGUGGGAUUAACCUCAGCGGUGGCCAGAAGCAGAGGAUUCAACUUGCCAGAGCUGUUUAUCAAGAUUGUGACAUCUAUCUUCUUGAUGACGUGUUUAGCGCCGUUGAUGCUCACACCGGUUCAGAAAUAUUCAAGGAGUGUGUGAGGGGAUCCCUCAGAAACAAGACAAUCUUGCUCGUCACCCACCAAGUUGAUUUCCUCCAUAAUGUAGAUUUGAUCUUAGUUAUGCGAGAUGGGAUGAUUGUUCAAUCGGGAAAGUAUGAUGAAUUACUAGAAUCUGGUCUAGAUUUUAAAGCUCUAGUUUCUGCCCAUGAAACUUCUCUGCAACUAGUAGAAAUGCAUGCUACAACAUCAGAAAUUGCUUCCCCUAGACCUCUACAGAAAUCUCCUGCUGCAAACACAAGGGAAGAAAACGAUGAAAACCAGAAAGUUCUAGAAAGAUCCAAGUCUAGUUCUAUCAUAGGAACAUCAAAACUAAUAGAAGAAGAAGAGAGGGAAACAGGAAGAAUCAGCUUAAAUGUCUAUAAAGUUUAUGUAACUGAGGCUUUUGGAUGGUGGGGUGUGAUUAUUGUUUUGUUCUUCUCAUUGACGUGGCAAGGUGCACAGAUGGCAAGCGAUUACUGGUUGGCCUACGAAACCGCUGAUGAUCAGGCUGCCUCUUUCAACCCUUUACUAUUCAUACAAGUUUAUACAGCCAUAGCGGGUGUUUCCUUCCUUCUGGUAUUUGGCAGAGUCAUUUCUGCAACACUUCUUGGGCUUAAAACUAGCCAGAUUUUCUUCAAACAGAUUCUACACAGCAUUCUUCAUGCUCCGAUGUCAUUUUUUGAUACCACGCCUUCAGGAAGAAUUCUUAGUAGGGCAUCAAGUGAUCAAACAAACAUCGAUAUUUUUCUUCCAUUUACAACAAGCUUGACUCUUUCUAUGUACAUAACAGUGAUUGGCAUUAUCGUCAUCACUUGUCAGUACGCUUGGCCGACUGUGUUCCUACUGAUUCCACUCGGUUGGCUCAAUUUCUGGUAUCGGCGAUUCUUUCUUGCAACAUCUCGUGAAAUAACACGACUUGAUUCGAUUACCAAAGCACCAGUGAUUCACCAUUUCUCGGAGAGUAUCUCUGGGGUUAUGACAAUUCGGUGUUUUAGGAAACAGGACAGGUUUGUUCAGGAAAACGUUGAUCGUGUGAAUGGAAAUCUUAGAAUGGAUUUCCACAAUAAUGGAUCUAAUGGGUGGUUAGGUUUUCGUUUGGAGUUCAUUGGAAGCUUAUUCUUAUGUGUUUCCACWGUUUUCAUGAUCCUCUUGCCUAGCAGUAUUGUUAAACCAGCGAACGUCGGAUUAUCACUCUCGUAUGGAUUGUCACUCAAUGGAGCGCUGUUUUGGGCGAUAUACAUGAGUUGCUUUGUCGAAAACCGAAUGGUUUCUGUUGAGAGGAUUAAACAGUUCACCAACAUACCGUCAGAAGCCGAAUGGGUGAAAAAAGAUAGCCCCCCUCCUCCAAAKUGGCCUUCUAAAGGCAAUGUAGAGCUCAAAGAUUUGCAGGUUAGAUAUCGUCCAAACACGCCUUUGGUGAUCAAAGGGAUUACCCUAAGCAUUAGAGGAGGUGAAAAGAUCGGUGUGGUUGGUAGAACCGGAGGUGGGAAAUCAACUCUCAUCCAGGUUCUGUUUAGGCUGGUGGAGCCAUCUGGCGGAAGUAUAACCAUUGACGGCAUCAACAUCUCCACGCUCGGAUUACAUGAUCUCAGGUCUCGRUUUGGGAUCAUUCCUCAAGAACCAAUCCUUUUCGAAGGCACUGUGAGAAGCAAUAUCGACCCAAUUGGGCAAUAUUCUGAUGAAGAGAUCUGGAGGAGUCUUGAACGUUGCCAACUGAAGGAUGUUGUAGCUUCGAAACCGGGUAAACUAGAUUCUGCAGUUGUUGAUAAUGGCGAUAAUUGGAGCGUGGGACAAAGACAACUUGUUUGUUUGGGACGGGUGAUGCUGAAGCACAGCAGGCUGUUAUUCAUGGACGAAGCAACGGCUUCGGUGGAUUCACAAACGGAUGCGGUGAUUCAGAAAAUCAUACGAGAGGAGUUUGCGGAGUGCAGCAUCAUCAGCAUCGCGCACAGAAUACCAACGGUGAUGGACUGUGAUCGCGUAUUGGUGAUCGAUGCGGGGUAUGCGAAAGAGUUUGAKAAACCUUCACGGUUGAUAGAGAGACCAUCGUUGUUUGGUGCAUUGGUCCAAGAGUAUGCGAACCGCUCCACGGGCUUAUGAUUCAUCUGUCGUAAUCACCACCUCAUGUCCGUCAACACUCGU